UCCAGUUCCUUCCCCUCUUAGAUGUUGUUUCUAUGAACAAAAACAAAAAUGAAAAGAUGUUGCCAAAUUACAAACACACUCAUCAGUGAUUGUUUUAUAGUUUAGUACAUGUAAAAACAAUGGCUUUGAGUGAAAAGGCUUUCUUACCACCGGAACUUGAAGACGAUCAGCAGGCUGCUGUUUUAUAUUCGCCAUUCCGAGAUAAAUCUCUAAAUCCCAAUUCAUGGAAUCGUAAAAUGAAAUUCUGGGAAAAUUGGCUGUCUAAAAUAGCAUUAGAGAGACAAUGUUUAACAUUUGAUUUAAAUUUAUUACCAUCCAUGUUUGAGCGAAAGGGUAUAACACCUAAGUGUUUUGCUACUGUUAUUGAAGAACUUGCAAAGUGAGUUUAUUAAAUUGAAAUUUAUUAGAUUAUCCUUGAUGGUCCUUGUUAUUGUUUUGGCAGGAUUUAUAAUUUAUUUCUUCUACUUCUAUAUUUUAAAAGGGCAAGGGCCAAACGAUCAAAAUAUUGACAUUGAUCAUUCUGGAUCCUAUGUUUGUAGAGGGGUUUGUGAUGCAACUGUGCAUGGUUUUGAAGAGGAUACUUCACUGGUUGCAAAUUUGCAAGGGCUACUCAGCGAUGGUAUUAAGAACUGCGGUUUGGAAGGGAGGAAGCAAUAGACGCAAAUGUGUCAAGUGUAACCUCAAUUGUUGCUUCUGGAAGCUUGUUCCAAUCCCUGACUGUCUUUGGCAGGAAUGAGCAGUUCCUGUACAGAGUUCUUGUUGCUUUUUGAGCCGGAACUGCCUGUCAUGGCCUCAUCACUGUCUAGGAGGGAUAGGGAUGAGUUUCUGUUUAAUGCUGCAGCAGUGAACCAGCCCAUUAUUUAUCUUGUACAUAUUUGAAUCAGGCUUAGCUAGUCAGAUGAUAGUAAUUAAUAUUAUGAAUAUGAUGAUUGGUCUGAUCACAAGCUUAACAACUAGUCUUACUAGAUUAGGCUUUUAGUUAAAGCUAUUCCUUCACUAUAAUUACUUUUGUCUUUAUUUUUUAGCAUUUUAUUAACUGUUAAGGGGAGGGAGCUUCAAAAAUUUAUGAAAAUGUGAUAAAAGUGCAUAAUUUGUGUCACAAAUUUGUGAUGAUUUGUGGGAGGGAUAAAAUAUCAACCAAAAUAGCAAGUUAUCGUUUAUUAAGGUGACCAUUGUUAUCAAAACCAGGACAUUUAAAUUUUUUUAAUCAUUCUGCUCUAUGGCAGUCUAUGGGGGGGUCCAUUAAUUACGUCAACAAAAUAGGGGGGGGGGUUGGAAAUGUUUGACAGUUGUUGAUAGGGGGAAGGGGGUGAGUUUCGAUUAGUUGACUUCAACACUCAUGUUUUUUCUAUUAGACUUUUAAUCUUAAAAAUUGGCUUGUACUUACAUUAUUUUAAACAAUUUAAAGAGUGUAAAUAGUCACAUAUGUUUAGGCUUUUAACAAUUUAAGAGUUUAAUGUUUGUCUGUCUGUGAAAUGCAAAUGGUUGGUCAGAAUGUUAGCACACUUUGUUAGUGCAAGAGAAGUCAAAAAUGGGCGUCUCUUCACCUGACAUUUUUCUCUUAAUCUGCUCCCUAGAAUGAAUAACACAUCAUUGUGUGCGGUGUUAAAAAAAAUGCACACUCAUAGGUGAUUAAUAACAACUAUAUCAACACAAAGACAGAGAGCUUAUGGCAAUUAUUGUUCACACCAACACUUCUAUUUUAAGUGCUGAAUAAGGAUGAUGUUUACUUGUCUGGUGUAUUAGUUCCACAAUAUGAAAAUGAUAAAUCAACUAUUAUAGACUAUGCCCAUCAGGGAUGGGAUCUCAGGGUUUUUUUCAGGGAAGGGGGGGGGGCAAAAACCAAAACUUGGUCGGCUUGUUAAGUUGUUUAUCACUGGAGGCGCCACAGUACAUAGCAAUUUAAUGGGGGGGGGCAAAAACCAAAACUUGGUCGGCUUGUUAAGUUGUUUAUCACUGGAGGCGCCACAGUACAUAGCAAUUUAAAUGAAACAAGCAAAAUCGGGGUGGGGGGGGGGAAAAUGCCCGCCUGCCCUACCCAAAUGAUGUCCCUGAUGCCCAUUAUUACUAUACAACAACACCUGGUUACCCCAUGGGAAGAUGAUAGCAGCUAGAAACUAUACUAUAAUUGUCAGCUAUACUGAAAAUAAUCAUAUUUAUACUUCCACAAACAAUGAUAUUUAGUCCUUAACAACCUAUUAAUUGAUUCUGCAUUAUAAAAUUUAAGUGUAAAAACUUUUUAACUGGUUGAUUAACAAGCUAAACAUGUAAUUAAAUGAUUAUAUUAUAAUUCAUUUUUUAUUUUUGGUGGGGGGGUUUAUAAAAUGUUGACAUAGUUAAAUGGGGGGGGUCACAGAAAGUUUGACAGUUGUUGACGGGGGGGGGUCAAACCAUGCGUAAAAAUUGUUAACGUAAUUGAGUUUUAAAAAAAAAAAUAUAUUUGUGAUUACAUGGAGAGGUCUUCUUUCAGUGAUGUGAUUUUUUUUGAAAAAAAAAUUAUUGUGGUGACAUUUUGGAUUAAUUAUAGUUCUUUGAGUUUUGUCAUUGAUGUAUCUGAAAAUAGAAUUAAUGGAAACAUUAUAUUUUAUAAUCCCAAAGAACGUAGAUCCCAGACUUUCUAUACUACCUAUAGUGCUGGACAUAAUAUAUUUUAUUAUUCUUGAGCAGUGUAUAUUCUUUAGUUAAACGACUUCCUUAUUUAAACAGGAAAAUAUUCCCAGCACAAUAAAGUCAUUUUUGAUUUAGACUCAUACUAGUUAGUUUUAUUUUAUAGAACUGGUAGAGUAAAAAGUAUUGAAGAGUUCAAGAAAUCUAAUUCCUGGCUAUCAUGGGGCUUCAACACUUUAGUCAAGCAACCUUUGACCUGGAGUGUUGGUCGUCUUGUUGGAUCAUCAACAGCAAAUAAAGCAACACUUUAUGUCUGGCCAGAAGUUGUGAAGGUAAUGUUAAAUAAAUACAUUUUAUUUUACGGAAAACUGCAGUGUGCCUGAAACCAUUUAACCCCUUUUAUUAUUGUUAAAUUCUGUAAAAUACUCACUGUGAUCACUUAAUAUAAAAUUCCUUUCUUGUAAAUUGGAGACAGAGCUUCUACCAAUCUUAUUCUUGUUUAGGCAGAUAUAGAUUUUUAGGAGGAGAGAAAGAGUAAUUGGACCAUUUAUAAAUGAUGUCACAUUACUUUUACAGAUUUUCGACUCCUCCAUUUCCUCAUCAUCACAGUUCUACACAAAAAAAAUAAACCCACUCCCCUCAAACAUUAAAUCACCCCCCAUCCCCCCACCCCACAAACACAAACAAACAAAAAAGUAAACCCACUCCCCUCAAACAUUAAAUCACUUCAUUUUAAAAAAAGGCACCAUGCGUCUAAUGUAUAAUCCCUCAUCCCCCCCCCCCCCACAAACACAAACAAACAAAAAAUAAACCCACUCCCCUCAAACAUUAAAUCACCCCCCACCCCACAAACACCAAACAAACAAAAAAGUAAACCCACUCCCCUCAAACAUUAAAUCACCCCCACCCCACAAACACAAAAAAAAUAAAAAAAUAAUUGUCUUCUAAUCGACACAUUUAAAAAAAAUGUCAAAGUCAGUGCAUCUCAGAUCUUUUUCUCUGUGUAAUCCUGUAACCUCAGGGUUGUCAGUGUUUGUACCAAUUCUCCACAGUACUGAUUCACUCAGUACUAAUUGAUGGUUAUUGUAUUUUAAAAAUGAAAACAUUGAAUAAAAUACACAUUAUCAACUAUCAAACAUCCACAAAUGUAAAGAAAAUAUGGUAAAAAUUACUGUAAGUCAGUGCACAUUGUUUCAGACAUGUCCCGCUCUUUAUGUGAUGUCACAUUGAUUAACUCACUCCCUCACUCAUCACAAAUUGUCAUAAAAAUGUGACCACCCCGCUCCCCACUCCAGUUUCAUGAACUAAUUAUUGCAUGGCCCCAUGUUUAAGAACAUAUCGCAUGAUUUUGUAAUGAAAUGACAUCAAUAAAUACUAUUUUAUAAAAACUAGAUAUUGAAAAAGUAUAAUUACUAUUGUUACAUUUUGUUUAUCUGCAGAAAAUAUCUGAGCAACUUCUAGCAGAUCUCCAAGCCAGCAUGGCUAAUGAGAUGACUAGUAACUUACUAUCUGUAGCUGAACUCAGGAAUCACCAUAAACUAUCAAUUCGAUCAGAUGAAGAAUUUGAACUGAUUUUGACCCAGCUUCAACAUGAUAGAAAGAUAGUUCUCCGGGAAACAGAGGAAAAAGAAAUGGUUUCCAUCUUAAUCUUUUUAAAAAUUAGAAAACAAUAAAUCAAUACAUGUAGUGAAGUUGUAUAACAUGAAUGUUUGCAUUGUUCAAAAGACCUCUAACAAAUUGAUUUGAUGUUAUUGAUAUAAUUCUUGCUUAUUUUAAUUAUAAUACACUCUUUAUACCAUAGCAAUCAUUAAUAUUAACAGAUUCUUGGCAACUGAUAUUUUGAAAAAGAAUGUGGUAUUUGUUUUUAAAAAUGAAAAUUAUAUGCAGUCCAAACAGAAGUUACUCAAAUUUAUGUAAAUAUUUAUAUUGUCUAACCAGAUUGUCAAGUUUUGUAAACAGGAUGCAACUAAAGUAGAAAAUAUAUUGGACUUUGAACUUCAAGUUUAUCAGUAAGUUCUAACAUGUAACAUAAAAGAUCUUGUAAAAAAUAGUUUUACAUUGACAGUACUGUAAUUUAGUAAAAGAUUUUGUUUGUUUUUGCAUCACAUGUUUAGCUGUUGUUUGUUUUUGUAUCACAUGCUUAGCUGUUGUUGGUUUUUGCAUCACAUGCUUAGCUGUUGUUGGUUUUUGCAUCACAUACUUAGCUGUUGUUUGUUUUUGCAUCACAUGCUUAGCUGUUGUUUGUUUUUGCAUCACAUGCUUAGCUGUCUCAUAGCGAUUCAGUUUGUAGCAAAAUAUUAUUUCUUGAGAGAAUAAUUUUGCUAAUAGUUAAUAUACAGGUAAUAUUUAAUGUUAUAUUAAAAAAUAUUUUUCUAAACAUUUAUAAAUAAAUAUAAAGAAUAUCUAAAGAUGAGAUGUUUUCGUUGGCCUGGGACAAAGGCUAACAGUAAGAGCUUUCUAGGCAUCAUGGUUCCUAGUUCCCUCCUAUCUCAUUAGUGUCUGCCCGCAGCUCACAUCAGUAGGCAUUCCUUGAUCUGUCCCUUUCUCUUAGGUGUUCUAAGUGAAGACUUGCCGGGUGAUGCAGGGUGCAUUUUGAGCGGGAGAUAAGGUGGGAUAGUUGGAGGAGGGGAAAACAUAAAGAGCACAGAAGCAAACCAGGGUGGGUCAGGAGUCAGUCCGAGAUAGGCGGCUAAAAUUAUUAUUAUUAUAAGUGGUUUUAUAUAGCGUGGUACCCCAGCCUAGGGCUGGGAUCACCAUGCUGUACAUACAAUUUAACAAACGUAAUAAAAAAACUUUAAAAAUUAAUUAACAUACAUUAAUUAAAUGAAACAAAACUAUUUACAUGUCAAGCCAUGGAAAACACCCAGCAGCAUAGUUUUUCGGUCAGAGGGGGUAAUCAGUCAGGAUAGUAGAGUUUAAAAAGAUGUGUUUUGAGUGCAGUUUUGAAGGCUGUGAGGGUCGGUAUAUUGCGGAUGUGUAAUGGAAGAGAAUUCCAUUGUUUGGGGGCACAGAAAGAGAACAAUCGUUCACCUUAUGUUUUUGUGUGAGUCUUGGGGACAGAAAGAAUACGCACGUCUGUGGAGGAGCAAAGCUGUCUAAGGGGUGAAUAGACAGAGAGAAGUUCGGUUAGAUAGGACAGGGGAGGAAAUCGAGAAAAAGUUAUGGCAGAGAACAGAGAUUUUGUAGUCUAUCCGUGCUUGUACAGGGAGCCAAUGAAUUGAAUGAAGUAGUGGUGUGACGUGAUCACGUUGUUUUGCCUCUAGAAUUAACCUAGCAGCUGAGUUUUGAACUUUUAAAAUUUUUCUAAGAAUUAUCUGCAAAACAAAAAGUCCAGAAGAAAGACAAAUGUUAUGGAGAGAGAGAGAGAUUAGACAAGGACAAAUAAAUCAUCAGAGGCCUGACCAGAUUUGUAUAAUGUUUGUGUAUGUGAAGUCUGGAAGGGAAAUUAAGAGAAAGUCAAAACCAGUGUUGUGUUGAUUGUCUUUUGCCAUCUGAUUGUCCUAAUAACCUAUUAUAAGUAGAUAACCAGAAAAUUAUCUAUAGUAAAUAAUUUUUAUAAUUUUUUGCAUUAAGGAUUCAAAAGACUUUGAAAAAGCUUGAAAAAGAAAUUGAAGAUCUUUCAGUACGAAAUGAAAGGUAAGAUAAUAUUAACAAAAAGCAACUACAAACUUUAUCUUGAAAAGUAUGGUGGCAUUGCCGUAAUUAACUCUGUUUAUCCCCAUGCUUUUUCCAUUUACUUGGUUCAAAACUCAAUUUUUCAUAGAGUUGUUUCUUGCUUAGAAUCAUUAAAAAGUCUAAAUCAGCUGUCUCUCUAUUAAUUCUGGAAAGGGAAAGAUAGUCUUCAUUUUAUUUUGAUAAUGGUUAAAUUGUAAGUUCCAAUCUUUAUCAAAUUUUUAUCAGAAAUAAUACAGGUAUAUCAAUGUAUUGAUGCAUAAAAAGAGAAUUAAUAAUUUUUAUGCACAUAUUAUUGACUUUCAAAUCAUUAAAAAACUAUUUUUACAGACUUGUUUGUGGGGCAAAACUAUACUUAAGAGAAGGGAAAAAGUCAAUGGUACAUAUUAUAAAUAUCAAUUUUUAUGCACAUAUUGUUGACUUUCACAUCAUUUAAAAAUAUUUUUACAGACUUGUUUGUGAGGCAAAACUAUACUUAAGAGAAGGGAAAAAGGCAAUGGUACAUAUUUUAAAUAUCCUUUCAUUUGAUUGUUUUAUUGCUUUUAAUUAUUUUAUUUGUUGAUUCUAGCGUGUUCAAAAAUUAAAAAUAUAUUAAAUGUUUUUUCUACACAUAGCAUUACGAUAUUUUUAAAUCUAAAUUAGGCAAAAGUAAAAAUUCUUUCAGUUCAAUGGUUGCAUGUCUUUAUUUGCAGGCGCUGCACAGUUUGAGAAAAAAGAAAAGCUUAUUGAAAACAAUAGAAAGAAAAUCAGCAUCCCUUGUCAAUUUGCAAAGCAUAGUGGAAAAGAUAGAAGACGCAAGCACAAAUGAGAUGGUGAAUUAACUAACCAUAAACAUGUAACCUGCAAAUAGCCUGAUUAUAAACCGUGGAUAUCAUCAUUCUAGAAUUUAAAAAAAAUGUUACAUCUCUUCAGCUUUAACAAGUUCUGUUAAAGUCUCACCUUUCUUGUCUAAUUGGUAACCUUAAAUAGCAUCUCAAAGACACUGCAGCUUUUGUCUGGUAUUUUUAAUAACAAUAUGCCAACAUUGAAUCACUUUUUAACUUCAUUACAUUCUGUAAUGAAUCUGUAAAUAUAUCCUCAGGUUAUCAAGGCUUGUGAAGCUGGUCUGAUGGCAUUGAAGUCAUUAAAUAAUGAUUUGACAGUGGAAAAAGCAGAAGCCAUUGUAGAUGGAGUCCAAGAAGUGAGUCAAAUAAUUAUACCCAUAAUUUUUUUAAUUCAAUUUCACUGGCUUUUGAUGUUUGUUCUUUUUUUAAGUAAAACAUUAUAUUUAUAUUAUUAUGAAUUUUUAAAAUUGUUUUAUUGAAAGUUAUAAAAAUAAUUAUGUAAUUAAUUAUGAAUUUGCUGAUAUAUUGUUUACAAUUUAUUGAUCAUGAAAAUAUCCAUGUCAUUUUAUGUAUUUUUAGGCUCUUGAAAAUCAGGAUGAAAUAAAUAAAAUUUUGAGCACUUCUUCAACUUCGUACGAUGAAGAUGAAGACCUAGAAAAAGACUUGGAUGAACUAUUAAAAGACUAUGGAGAUAAAACAAAAUUGGAUUAUAGCAAUCAACCUGGAAAGCAUGAAAAAACUGAAGAAAUCCCAUUAGAUGCCUUUCAAUCUUUAACUCUUGAUGACUUAGGUAGAUUUUUUCUUGGAGUUUGUUUAAAAUUAAAAAGUUUAAGGUUAAAAAAUAGUUCAUUCCACUAAUUAUAUAUUAUACAAUUCAUAUUAUUUGCUACUAAAAUAUUUUUUAAAUGUCAAUUAUAUGAUAACUGAUAUUUAAUGUGAAAACUAUUGCUUCAUUGUUUGUUUUUUUGCCUGCUUUAUUUUUGUUUACAAAUUUUAAUAUAGGAUUGUUUUUGUUCUUUUUUUAAAAAAUCACCAAUUUACAUUUCAGGUCUCCCGAAUGUUCCUUCCCGCUCACCUUCUCAAAGUGAUCAUGCACCUUCGACCAAUGACAAACAGUCUGGAAAACUGUUAUAUUUAUCUUGACUUCACAGUUACACACUAAUUUUUUUAAAUAUAUAAAACAGAGCUUCUGAUUAAGCAUGAUGUAAAUAGUAAAACUGUUUGUAAUUAAUGCAUAAUAUACUAGGUACUCCUUACAGUUACAAUCAGUAUUUUUCUACAAAAAAAUUUUUCGGCCUUGUUUUUAAGGGUUUGGGAACCUUUUUUUUUUUUGAAUGAUUAAUUUUAAAAUUGCAUUUGCAAGAAAAUAUUUAAGGAGCCCCAGGUAGGCGUGUUUGGGAAUGGGCACAUGACACCUGGAGUAAUAAUUACUUUCUUAUACCAUAAAUUUAGAAACAUGAUAAAAACAAAUAUAAUUAAAUAACUUUUUUUUCCCCCCCGCUCUUUUUAAAGUACAUAAGUUCAGUUUGAUAAUGAAGAGGAAAGCAUUUAUUCCCUGAAAGAGCCACACGCAGCUCCAGAGUGACAGGUUGAAGGCUUGUCGAUGACACUAUGUUAUCCGGCAGUUAACAGCAAUAAUAUAAUUGAACUGCCAAUACCAUCAUCCCCAGAAUUGACUGUCUAUUGAGUAUCUCUUUUAUGCUUUUACUCUUUCCACGUUUUUUCUAAAAGAGUUUAUUGAUUUAAUUAACUGAAACUUUUUAAUGAGUUGAUGAGACAUAUUGGCCAGCUGACAAUAUCUGUGUGACAGAAAUAAAAUUACUGGUAAAAUCAAUCCCCAAAACAAAUAAUGGAGAAAAAGGGAUCACCAUAUUAGACUGUCAUUUCCUAUCGUGUGGAGUGUGGAGUCCUGAUAGAUGGCCUCAACACUGAUGUAGUUAAUUGUUGAAGAGUGAACAGCACUUCUCUUUGCCAAAUGUUUUUGAAUGUUGUAUUUCUCUUCUCACUCAUUAGCGUUAAUGCUCAUUGCUCACAGUAAUUACUCGUUCUAAAGCCAGUUCGCUCACAACCCGCGCCCCCCCCCCCAGUUUUGGCCAGGAAAAGCCUGAAAAAGGUAUAACCGCCAUCAAGCCGACCCUAUAAAAUAAUAUACUGCUAUUACCCAUACGGUACAAAGAAAAUCAUUUUUCUUUACAACCCAGACUUUAAAAAAAUAAUUAUUGUGUAAGUAAGCGACUUGAAAACUAAUAAACUUACUGUAUAAUGUAAUGUAUACGUAAAGGUACUUGCUACAUGCAUCCAACCCGACCAACCGAUGCCAAAAGCUAGACGACUGCUGCAUUGACCUAGGAAGGUAAACAUCGAUGCAUUUUCCUUGCUGAAGUGUAUUCUCCUAUAAAUGUCAAGAAUCAAGUUUGUGUCAGUGCAGAUCUCAUAGUUGCAGCUUUGUCACUGACAUUAAAUUUGGGGCAGGUGCUGGUACCAAAUCUUAUUGAAAUAAAAGUUGCUCAAUAUGUUUCAGCUGUAGCUAUGAUCUUAUAAAAUAUAACAGUUGAGAAUGCAUUGUCAGAAACUAAAAUUUGUGAACCAAUUUUUCCUCAUGGCCUUACGCCUAACAGUAACUUCCUAUUGGGCCAUCCACAAAUGACAUCGGGAGGGGGCGGGGGGUUGUCACAAAUUUGUCACGCAGGGUGUGAUAAAAGUGUCUGAUUUUCUUACAAUAU